CCUCAGAGUCAUUCUCUCUCAGCACAAGAGGACUUGGGACCCUUACUCCCUCCCUCUGCGCGUCGCUCCAUUCGACUAGUCUCAAGAAGUCUCUGCCUUUUUAUUCAUUUUCCUUCGUAAGCAACGAUACCAAACUGAAGACCUUGGAUUGUUUCCUCCGUUUAACUUGGAAGUGAUCACUCAUUAUAUUCGGAAGGAGAAUACGACUCUUCGUUGCUCAAUCAAUCUGCAGCAGCAAAGUUUUGAAACUUGGAUAUAAGCGUUUGGGUGUAGUAGUAGGUUUGGCGUCUGCGAUAAAGGCGAGAUAACUGGGAUCUCAAGUGCACGAACUGUGCGAGUGAGAACUAGUACUAGUGUAGUGUCAUGCAUCAAGAACUGCCCUUCCUCCCUCUGGCGCUGCUGCUGGCGGCGAGUUUGCCUGCUGCCUGCUGCUUGCACAUGCCGACGUCGGCGUCAGAUUUCGGAAAGGACCACCAUCGACAGUACCACUGGGCCUACCACAAAGUGGCGGACGACGACGAAGGCGGCCACGGCGAUAAAGAGAUCGACAGCAGCCGCCUGCGAUACGCCCUCCUGCAGCUUCUCGACCUCAACGACGGCGAGCUUCAAGCUCUCAUGUCGGGGGUGUCCCCGCGGAAGGUGGCACCCCAACUCGAGCCCUCGACGGCGUUUCUGCUCGCGAGCAGCCGUCAGUACCUGGAGAGGCUGAACACCGUCCUCUCCGUAGUAGAGGAAUCUUCCCCCGCCAAAAAGGCCACCUGGAACCCAAGAAUCGCGCGCAGGCACAAGAAGACGAGACGUCACCACAAGAACAUCGAGUUCAAACCCAGUGAUAUAGAGAGUCAGAUAUCGGAAGAGGAUCCUGACAGCAUUCUCGGUGCCCUCACGGAACUCUCCGAAUACUUGUCAGGGGUAGAAAACGAAGAAGAAGAAGACUCCAGACAGCAAGAGCGCAGAAGGAGGUCGCACCACCCGGGAGGAGCGCACAAACACCAGGCUCUCGCCAGUAGGCAUGGAUCGCGGCAAUACGAAUCCCGCCACUACCUCUACUUUUUGCAAUCAAGAGAGUGCCCCAUGGGGAGCGACGGCGUUCGUAAGAGGUACUGCCCGACGCCCUACCAGUCGGGCGAGCCUGAAUGCAUAGAGGACGGCCAACUGUGCGACAAUAACCCCCAGUGUCCGAAUGAAGAAGACGAGGCUCCUACCCAUUGUCUCUUCUACAACGCUUUGAAAACGCACAUCGAAGCCCUAGAGCGGUACGUCCUAACGGAGCAAAAUCUGAAAGACUUCUGAAAGACGGCCUACCGGAAACGAGCUGAAGACUCAACUAGAACAGAACGAGAGGAAUGACCGCGUCCCAGGAACCACCUGCCGAAGGAAAACCUCGUGGGAAACGAGCUGAGGAGUCAGCGUGAAGAAGAAGAAGAAGAAGAAGAAGAGUGACAGUCUCCCACAAACUAAGCUGCUGCCAGCGACGUUCGGCAGGCGAAACCGCGCUUGGAGUGGAGGAGAUCCGUUUCUGCAAUAAAAGUCCUCUCUCUCUCUCUC